AUGAACUCGGAGACGGGAGCCGACCAGCUCGUCUCCUGCACCCGCCUCGCUCUGCACGCGCACCUCGCGCCGCCCUGCAUCGCCCUCGCCGCCGCUGAGCAGCGCUGCCGCGUCCCGCCCGUGCUCGCCGCUCGCCGCCGCCCGCUUGUUUGCCGACCGCCCGACCCCGAGCCGACCACCUCGCUCAUCGACCCGACCGCCAUGGGCCCGCCGCUCGAGAAGCGGCGCCGCCUCGAGGGCACGCCCGAAGCCCAGAGCGCGCACAACCUCGCGCCCACCCUCGCCAGCACCCCUCGCCUUCCCUCACCGCUCCCCGGCCACGGCCAGCCGCCGCCUUCCCACUCGAGCGCAACAGCACGAGCGAGCUCGCCCAGCUCGGCGCGGUCCGCGUCGUCCACCGCAACAGCAGGAGCAGGAGCGGGCGCAGCAGGAGGCGGAUCGGGCGGGAGCAAGCCCCGACGAGCGCCCGCCGAGGCCGGCGUGUCGCCCGGCUCAAAGGCGGCCGCCGCGCGCCCCUCGACGAGCGAGCACAGCACGUCGUCCGACGUCAGCGUCGGGACGGGCCGGUACGGCGUGUACUCGAAGGGCGCAGGGCGCGGCGCAGGAGGUGGAGCUGGAGGAGCCGGGUCAGCAGGACGAGGGGCGCACGGCGGCGCGAGCGAGGGCACGACGACCUCGACGCCGUCAGCGGGUCGUGACCCGCAGCAGUACAUCGACAUCCCGUCGCGGAGCAGCGGCGCGAGGCCGGCGUUGCGCUCGCGACUCAUGAGCUCGAACGGCAGCGUCGAGGGGUUGACGAGCAGCGCGGCGGUCGCACCUGGGGACGAGCUGCGCCUCGAGGGCUAUCGAGAUGUCCGCGUCGUGUCCGUGCACUACGACGACGUCGUCGCCUGCCGAGCCAUCAGCACGGCACGCGGCGACGCGCCCGUCGCCCUCAAGUUCAGCCUGUCGGGUCGCUCGAGCGUCGCGGCCAACUUCAAGGCCGAGUCGGCGGUCCUCGCGCGCCUGCGCGAGUCGGGCAUCGUCAACGUCACCAAGGUCAUCGGCAGGGAGGCCGGCCGUUACGGCGCCAUGAUGGUCGUCGCCAACGAGGACCUGCGCAUCUGGGCCGAGGUCCACAACCUGCGCCACCGACCACCUCCGCCAUCCUGGAACGACCCACACGCCCUCGUCCGCACGAUCGACGACGCCAUCAAGGCCGUCCGCCUCAUCGCGUCGAUCCACAAGGCCGGCUUCGUGCACGGCUCGAUCCGCCCGACGACCAUCUCGCUCUCGUCCGCCGACGAGGUCCACCUGCACGACUUCUCGUGCGCGUUCCAGUUCCACGGCGCGACGACCGACGCCGAGGCGCUCCCGAUCCGCGAGCGCGGCAUGAAGGAGGAGAGCCUGCCGUACCUCGCGCCCGAGUGUUCGGGCCGCGUCGGCCAGACGGCCGACUACCGCAGCGACUACUAUUCGCUCGGCGCCACCCUCUUCGAAAUCUUUACCGGCCAGGUCCCGUUCGCCGACUCGGUCGACCCGCUCGAGGUCGUCCACGCCCACAUCGCCAAGCGGCCCGCCCUCAUGUCGACCAUCGACGCCUCCAUCCCUCUUCCCCUGUCGCUCAUCGUCGCCAAGCUCCUCGAGAAGAGCCCCGACGCGCGGUACCAGACGAGCCAGGGCCUUAUCGUCGACCUCGAGAGCGCGCGCAGCCUCAUCACGGGCCCGAUCACGUCGAGCUCGAGCGGCAGCAAGUCGUCGUCGGGCGGCGUCCUGUCGCCGCUCAGCCUGAGCACGGCGCACCUGGGCAGCGUCGGCGCCGACUUUGUGCCCGGGUCGGUCGACGAGGCGGCCCACUUCCGCCUCCCGCCGGCGUCCAAGCUGUUCGGCCGCGACGAGAGCAUGCGGCAGCUGCGCGACAGCUUCGAGCGGGUCCAGUCGAGCAAUAAACCGGCCGUCGUCGUCGUCAAGGGCGGGUCGGGCAUCGGCAAGACGAGCCUCGUCGAGACGCUGCGGGCGCCGGCGGUCCAGGCGCGAGGGCACCUCACGACCGUCAAGUUCGACCAGAUCAAGUCGGCCGUCCCGUUCUUCGCCAUCACCCAGUCGCUGUCGGGCCUGUUCCGCCAGCUCUUGUCCGAGUCGGCGACGCAGCUCGCCGUCUGGCGCCGACGCCUCUCGCGCGCGCUUGGCAAGGAGGCGCGCAUCCUCGCCGACGUCCUGCCCUCGCUCGAGCACGUGUUCGAGCGUGGAUGGCUCGCCGAGCAGCCGGUGGUGCCCAUCCUGAGCCCGCAGGAGAGCAACGAGCGGUUCCAGAGCGUCGUCCAGAAGGUCCUGAGGACGUUCGCGAGGGCCGGCAAGCCGCUCGUCGUCGUCUUUGAUGACCUGCAGUGGAGCACGCCGUCCGACAUCGCCUUCAUCCGGUCGCUCGCGCACCUCGGCAGCGACGACGACGACGACCCGCUGUCGUGCAAGAUGGCCAACCCGAUGCUCCUCGUGUGCUGCUACCGCGACAACGAGGUCGACGCGACGCACAUCGUCGAGACGGACCUCCUCGCCAAGCUCCCCCGCUUCGACCUCACCCUCACCCUCGAGCCGCUCAACGUCCACGACGUCGCGUCCUUCAUCGGCGAGGCGCUCCGCAACUCGACCCGGAGCGACAUGACGCCGACCGCGUCCCCGCUUGAGCGCGUCGACGCCAACAUCCGCCGCCUGAGCGAGCUCGUCCUCGAGAAGACGAGUGGCUCGCCGCUGUUCGUCGCCCAGCUCCUCAAGGCGUUCAACGCCGAGGGCCUGUUCACGUUCGACUUUACGCGCGGCAGGUGGGACUACGACCUCGACCUGAUCUCGUCCAAGACGGUGUCGACCAACAUCGUCGAGCUCCUCCUCGCCCAGAUGCGCAAGUACGGCCCUCGGACGCAGAACGCGCUCAAGGUCGCCGCGUGCCUCGGCAGCGAGGAGCUCGACGCGCACACGCUCGCCAAGGCGACCGGGCGCACGCUCGCCGAGCUGUCGCGCGAUGUGCAGGACGCCGUCCAGGAGGGCCUCCUCGUCCCGUUCGGCCAGAUCGCGCUCGACCCCGAGCACCAAGACGGCGUGAGCGGUCCGGCGGCUGUCGACGUGUCGAGCGGAGGAGCGGCAGGUGGGCACGAGCGGCGGCCGGCGGUCGAGGUCGGCAAGAAGAGAAAGCGCGGCGGGCAACUCGACGCCGAGCGCAGGACCUCGAUCAUCCAGAAGGCGCCUGUACCGGCGCGGUACCGCUUCUUCCACGACCGCUCGCAGCAGGCCGCAUAUGCCCUCGUCCCCGUGUCCGAGCGAGGCGCCUUGCACUACGCCAUCGGCCAGCGCAUCAUCGCCGCGUCGACCGACGAGGAGGUGCACGCCGACAUCUUCGACCUCGUUCAGCAGCUCGACCACGGCAUCCAGCUCUUGACGACGACCGAGGAGCGCGACCGUCUCGCCUACUUCAACCUUGUCGCGGCGCAAAAGGCCAACCAGUCGACGGCGUUCGAGGCCGCCCGCAGCUACCUCAUGAUCGCCCUCGACCUUCUCGGCCCUGGAGGGUGGUCGGCCCAGCACGAGCUCAUGAGCAAGGUCGUCGAGCUCCUUAUCGAGAUCGAGUACAGCUUGACCGACUACCCGGCGGCGCAGCAGUUCGUCCGCCAGUACCUGGCGCACUCGAAGAACGACGUCGACAAGCUGCGCGUGUACGCCCGCUCGAUCCGCUGCGCGACGGCCACGGGCGACUCGAGCGGCGCGAUCGAGAUUGGGCGCGAGGGCCUCGCCAUGGUCGGCAUCGUCCUGCCGGGCACUGCGGCAGAUGCCGAGGCCAAGGUCGCGUCGACCCGCAAGGAGCUCGCCCUGAGCGUCGACGCCAUCGAGGCCCUCGCCUCGGCGCCUCUCAUGCAGGACCCGGUCGCCGCAGGGUGCCAGGCUAUCCUCGCCGCCCUCGUUCCGCCCAUCUACUUCGUCCGCAUCGACCUUCUCGGCGCCCUGUCGUCCCUCUCGCUCGAGCUCUCGGUCGCGCACGGUCUGAGCGACGCCGGCGCCCUCCUGUUCACCUUGCACGCCAUCCUCGUCCGGGACCAGUUCCGCCAACCUGUCGAGAGCUUUGCGUACGGCAAGGCGGCGGUCGCCUUCUUCGAGCGCCACGGCGGCAGCCCGCUCGCGUGCCCGACCUACAAGGUGUACUCGUCGCAUGUCGCCGUGUGGGCCAUGCCGCUUCAAGACGUGUUCCCGACCUUCCGCACGUCCAUCGCCUACGGCAUCGAGUACCGCGACGCCGAGUACCUCGGCUUCGGCUGCGGCGAGCUGUGCUCGUACUCGCUCCUCGCAGGCGUGUCGCUCACCGAGAUCGGCAGCAACAUCGACCGUUACGCCGUCCUCGUCCGCAAGUUCCGGAACGAGCUCUCGUCGACCUACAUCGGCCUCGUCCAGCAGGCCGUCCUCUGCUUACUCGGUCGCGCCGCCGACCCGGCCGAGCUCGACGGCGAGGCGUACAGCAUCGCCGACUACCACAUGUGCCGCGAGAGAGGCUAUGUCCUCACCCUCCUCGAGUUCCACAUGCUCCGCCUCAUGAUCGCCGUCUUCCUCGGCGACUCGGUCCGGGCCAAGGAGUCGCGCGAGCUCGGCAGGGAGAGCCUGAGCGGGGCUCAAGGGCUCGUCUAUACCGUCUUCUUCCAGCUCUUUGCGGCCGUCUCGCUGUACGACGAGCACGACUCGAUCUCGCCCGAGGAGCGCGACCACAUCGACAGCGCGCACAAGCUUCUCGACGACCUCGCCAUCAGCCAGCCCGACAACUUCCUCCCGCUCAAGCUCUGGCUCGACGCCGAGCGAGUACGAGCUGCGGGCGACGCCGUCAACGCGGUCCCGGCGUACGACCUCGCGAUCGAGGCCGCCACCGGUCGUCGGGCCAUCCACCUCGCGGCGUGCAUGAACGAGCGCGCCGCCGCCUGUUUGCCGAGCGUCAAGUUGCGAGCCGGGUACCUGAUCGAGGCGCACGCCCUGUGGGCCGCGUGGGGCUGCGUGCCCAAGACGACCAAGAUGGAGGCCGACCACCUGCACCUGUUCCCGUUCAAGCCGUCGACGACGCAGCGCCUCGCGCCGACCCCGACCCCGACGCCGCCUCUUCCUCCUCCCGGCGGGUUCGGCUCCGACUACAUGCAGGCCCGUCCUCCCUCGAACGAGACGACCGAGCACACGUCGUCCUCGUCGACCGGCGACAAGGUGGACGAGCCCAACCCGGUACGAGGCUGGACGAGCCAGCCGGCCAACGGCAGCGCGAGCAGGCGCCAGUCGCACGGCUCGCACGGCUCGCACUCGGAGAACCACGACGUCGACAUGGUCAGCCAGUCGCGCAGCCUGGAGCACGGCGACGUGUACGGGCGCUCGCACCUCGCCACCGAGCUCGACCUGCGCACCGUCGUCACGGCCUCGAGCGUGAUCUCGGGCGAGCUCUCGGUCGACAGCGUCGUCUCGAAGCUCCUCAACCUGUGCCUGCGCACGGCCGGCGCCGAGAUCUGCCUGCUCGUCCUCGACAAGGGCGGCACGCUCUGCGCCGAGGCCAUCGCUCGCUCCGACUCGAGCGAGGUGCAGCAUCUUCGUCGCACCGACGCCAUCGACGUCCAACCCGAGCGCUAUCCCUGCUCGGUCAUCAACUACGUCGCUCGGUCCAAGGAGAUGGUCGUCAACACGCUCGACACGCUCGGCGAGGCCAUGAUCGACCCGUACCUGCAGACCCGCCGGCCCAAGUCGAUGCUCUGCCUCUCGCUCGCGAGCCAGCAGCGCGUCAUCGGCGUCCUGUACAUGGAGAGCGGUCAGAUGGAGAACGCCUUUACGCCGGACCGCCUCGAGAUCCUGUCGCUCAUCAGCGGUCAAGCCGCAGCGACCAUCGAGAAGGCGCGCCUCGUCCAGGACCUCAAGAAGACGAACCAGGACCUCCAGAGCUCGCAGGGCGCUCUCGAGGCGUCGAACCGCAACCUCGAGACCAAGGUCGCCGACCGCACGAUCGAGCUGCGGCAGAAGGCGGCGCUCUUGCAGGCCGAGGUGGCGGAGAAGGAGCGUGCGCAAGCCGAGAUGCGGCAGGCCAAGGAGGUCGCCGAGAGCGCGACCGAGAUGAAGUCGCAGUUUCUCGCCAACAUGUCGCACGAGAUCCGCACGCCGUUCAACGCCGUCGUCGCGCUCUCGUCGCUCCUCCUCGACACGCAGCUCACGCCCGUCCAGACCGACUAUGUCGAGACGAUCAAGAACUCGUCGCAGGAGCUCCUCGUCGUCAUCAACGACAUCCUCGACUACUCCAAGAUCGAGCUCGACCACCUCGAGCUCACGUCCGAGGCCGUCCAGCUGCGGUCGGUCCUCGAGUCGUCGAUGGACAUGGUCGCCGAACGUGCCGCCACCAAGUCGGUCGAGCUCGCGCUCGUCAUUGAGGAGGGCGACAUCUACAUCGAGGGCGACCUCGCUCGGCUGCGCCAGAUCGUCGUCAACCUCCUGUCGAAUGCCGUCAAGUUCGUCCAGGAGGGCGAGAUCGUCGUCACGGCGUCGUCCGAGGCGGCCGGUGUCGACGAGCAGGGUCGGCCUCGCCGUCUGUGCAAGAUCAGCGUCAAGGACACGGGCAUCGGCAUCGCCAAGGAGAACUUUGGGCGCCUGUUCCGUGUCUUCUCGCAGGCCGAGGGCGCCGAGACGUCGCGCAAUUUUGGCGGCACCGGGCUCGGCCUCGCCAUCAGCCGCAAGCUCGCUCGGCUCAUGGGCGGCGACCUCACCGUCGAAUCCGAGCUCGGCAAAGGCUCGACGUUCGCCGUCACGUGGCACGCUCGAGCCCUCGACCCGCCUCGCCAGGACCCGUACCUCCCGUCCGAGAACCGCGACCUCGCCGGCAAGCGCGUCCUCGUCGUCGACGUCAACAAGACGAGCCGGCUCGUCCUCAGCCAGCUCCUGUCCUCGUUCGGCCUCCUCCCUCGAGCCCCCGACAACGUCAGCGACGCGUUCGCGAUGGCGACCGACGCGGCCCACAAGCACCAGGCGUUCGACCUCAUCAUCGUCGACGCGUUCCUCCCCUCGUUCGGCGCCCAGAUCCUCCUUCGUCGCCUGCGCCAGAAGGGCCUCGACUCGCCCGCGAUCGCGCUCACUCGCAUGGGCUCGCCGAUCUACGAGGAGAUGCGCCAGCUCGACUGCAAGUUCCUCAUCAAGCCGAUCAAGCGCAACCGGCUGCACCACACCUUGCGCCUCGUCUUUCCCGCCGGCGAGUCGUCUCGAGUCGCCUCGCCCGCACCCGCGAGCCCCGCCUUCCCGACCAACCUCGCGACCCGCAACCCGCUCGCCAUCCUCGUCGCCGAGGACAACCCGAUCAACGUCAAGGUCAUCAGCCACCUCCUCAAGCGUAUGGGCUACAGCUGCGACCUUGCCGAGGACGGCCUCGUCGCCGUCGAGAAGGCGUCGCGCAAGCGCUAUGACCUCAUCCUCAUGGACCUCAACAUGCCUCGGAUGGACGGCUUGACCGCGACCGCCGAGAUCCUCAAGCUCAUGCCCGACCCGGACCAGCGGCCAUCUAUCGUGUGCCUGACGGCCAACGCCAUGGCCGAGGACCGCAUCCGUUGUCUCGAAGCCGGCGCCGACGGCUACGUCUCGAAGCCAAUCCUCGUUCCCGAGCUCGUCAAUGCGCUCAACGCCGCCGGGUCCCGUCGCGCCGCCUCGUACGGCCCCGCACCUCCUCCUCCCCCUCCCUCGAGCUCCGGCCCCGCCUUCCCUUUCGAGCUCGAGCUCCCGACCUCUCGCCUCGGGCGCGCGAGCCGCAAGAACUCGAGCGUGUCGAGCCGCAGCACGAGCUCGCAGGACAAGCGCAGCGGCGCGAGCAGCGUCAGCCCCGAGCCGCAGGGCAUCACGACGAGCGCCAAAGUGAGCCCGACGGCCGGCUUCCCCUUUCCGAGAGCGGGGACACCUUCUACGGUCGUCGGUGGAGCAGGCGCUGCGCCGCACGGCUCGCUCGGCGCGACGUCGCCGGCCAAGGUGAGCCCGACGCCCGUCUUUACGCCGCCGACGCCCGGCGGCAUGACGGUCGCGCUUGCGGCGGCGGCCGCCGCCAACAACGCGGCAAGCCGGCCUGGGUCGUCGACCGAGGCGGCGGCUGCAGCUGCGGCGGCGGCGCUGCUCAAGGCGCCUCUCUCGCCGACGCAAAAGUCGCCCGACCUUGCUCCUGGUUCUCGAGCCUCGAGCGCGCCCUAG